UUUAGACACACUGCAUUCCAUCGAUGUGAACUGUCAUCAAAAGAAAUUAUCGAUGAGCGAUGAACGGUGGCGCAUGCGAGAUUGGUUCGGUACCAUUUCAAAAUGCCACCUGGUUAUUUGCGACAUUGUCUCAUUUUCAUGUCACAUAUGGCUUCAUACAUCCUUAUAUUGCUGUUAUACUUUGUUUCGCAGGCACAAUAUUGAACGUGAUGACAAUCGCAGUAUUAACCCGUCCCUCAAUGAUUUCACCGGUAAAUGUACUGCUCUGUUCGGUAGCAGUUUGUGAUGUACUUGUUAUGGCAUCAUAUCUGGUCUUCGUUACGCAUUUCUUGAUUAAUGCAGCUAAUCGUUGUUUGCAUACUGAUUAUAAUUAUCCGUGGACAAUCUUUACUCUAAUUCAUGCCCAUGCAUCUGUCAUUCUACAUUCUACAAGUAUAUGGCUUACUGUAUUGCUGGCUCAAAUACGUGUCUUAACAAUUCGUCGCUCCACAUUCCAUCCGUCAACUACUGUUACAAUACGUUUUACUGUUUUGCUCAGUCUAGCCACAUGUUUCAUCAUGUCCUUAUUCAAUCUUCCCAAUUUUUUAACUUUCAAGAUUGUAAAGACAUCACCAGAGCUAUUUCUUCCAUGCUUAAUCAAAUAUUCCGAGAAUUCAUCAUCAUACAGCAAAAUUGACGAUGAUUACUCUGAGCAGAAUCCGGAUUACUCACAGCAUGAUGAUGAGUAUCCGGUUUACAUGCUUGUCGCAUCACAAGGCAAUUGUGUUAAACUAAAGUUAGCAUUUUGGUCAAAUGGAAUACUUUUCAAAGUAGUUCCAUGCUUAUUGCUAACUGUGUCAAUCAUUAUACUGCUCAAAGUGAUCGCCGACUUGUCACAUCAAAGGCGAACUCUUGCACAGUUGAUGAAAAGAAAAGUGCCGAAAGAUCAUACAACACCGAUGCUUGUCGCAGUUCUGUCAAUAUUUCUUAUCACUGAGCUACCACAAGGUGUUAUGAAUGUAUUGACGGGCAUUUUCACUGGUGAUACUUUUCAUCAAAAAUUGAUGAAAAGAAAAGUGCCGAAAGAUCAUACAACACCGAUGCUUGUCGCAGUUCUGUCAAUAUUUCUUAUCACUGAGCUACCACAAGGUGUUAUGAAUGUAUUGACGGGCAUUUUCACUGGUGAUACUUUUCAUCAAAAAGUUUAUUUACCUUUGGGUGAUUUCAUGGAUCUUUUAUCAUUAAUCAAUUCAGCUGUUAAUUUUCUAAUAUACUGCAUCAUGAAUAAACGUUUUCGUAUUACUUUUCUCCAGUUGUUUUGCGAUUUCUGCGCAAAUCGAAAGUUUUCAAGAGUAGUAGAAGAUUACAGUCGUAUGGAUUAUGCUUACGAAUUGCCAGGACAACGUAAUCGAAGUGCUGACAUCAGUCGUACCGAACAGCUUAUGCUAACAUCAUCGCAGCACCGACCUAGUGCUACAUCAGUUUUUACCAGCUUAUCAGUAACACGAGAAGAGCCAUCAAAGAAUCAUAGGAAAUUUACGGGCAAUUUAUUAACUGUUGAGGGUAAUCAGUGUCGAAGGAUGACUACUGUAACUAAACAGGAGGAGAGUAAAGAAUAAGAAUU